AUGUCACGAAAAAUGUCAGAUAAAAUAUUUUCUCUUGUAUUUUGGGAUGAUUUAAACUCCCACUCUGUAAUUAAAACGAGCUCUAUUAAACGAGCGAUCAGAACUGGAAAACUUACGGCCAAAAAAAAUAAUAAAAAUGAAGCGGUAAAAAUUUUACUCCAAGACGAUGAUAAAGAAUACUUGGAAAUGGUCGAUGUUGAUCAAAAUGGAAAGAUUUUGCUAAAUAAAAGAAAGAAAGAUGUUAAGAAAGGAGGUAAGAAAGGAGAAAAAAUCAAGACAUCUAGAGCUGUUGGCCGAAAGGUAAAUGAUGAAGAUAUUAUGCAGACCAAGUCUAUUUUUGAUGAAGAUUCAGAUGAACCAUCAUCACCAUCUUCGAAAUUAAGGAGAGUAACUAGGAAAAUCAUUUCGAGUGAUGACAGUGAACUUGAAGAAGAAAGAACCAAAAAUUAUUCCAAGAAAGUAUCUUCGUCAACCAUCAAGCCAAGAGCUAGCAACCGUAUGCUUAUUUCAAUUAAUUCUGAGGAUGAAGACAAUGAACCUGAGACAAAGAAGAAAGUGAUAAGCUUCAAAAGACACGACCAAACUAAUUUGAAGCAAAAUAAUGAUGAAGAAUCUCGAGAACUAAUUAAUGUCAAUAAAUAUGAAAGAGCUGUAAGCAAAGUAAGACCAAGAAACGAAGAAACAAACAAAGGAACCAAAGCAGGCAGCGUCGAAAAUUCACCAAUGCGUAACAAAAGGAAUCCCCGAUCGACAUCCCCUGUUGGAUUUUAUUAUGGGAAAAUGUCUUCUUCAAUGCUCAAACAAAGAACUAGCGAUCUUGUAUUUACAUCAAGCGAUGAAGAAAGUGAACCUGUUGUAAAGAAAAAUCUUAUCCAAGAUGAUCGUGGAACUCGUUCAAAGACAGCAGAUAUCAAUGAUGUUACAAUCAAAGUCAAAUCAAAAGCUGGAAAUUCAAUCCUUACCUGUGAUGAUUUUGAAGAGGAUAGUGACUCUGUUUUUAAUCCAGUGAGAAGAAUGAAAAAAUCUCUGGUGGAUAAUGUUCAAAAAGGUCUUGUUCAGUAUUCAGACUCCUCAGAUGAUGCAGAAGGUAAUUAUGAGACCAAUAAUUCGGGUAACAGUGAAGUGAUCAAUAAAGAGGAUUCAGAAGGUGACAGUGACAUUAACAGACGACGUUAUCAUAAAGUGGACAACAAGGAGGAGUCAGAAAGUGAUAGUGACGCCAACAGUCGCAAUAACGACCAAGUGGCCAACAAACAGACUUCUAAUACCUUUUCCAAAAUAAACGAUAAUACUGAAGAGAUUAUCAUUCUUGACGGACAAAAGGAAUUAAACACAAAAUUGACCAAGAAAAAUUACCUCGAAGAAGAUGAUAGAGGUAAAAAGCAGAAAAAUCGACAGGAAAGCUUCUCGGCUCAUUUUUCCGGUCCUUUAAAAGGUCAAGAGAGCUCAAGCUUAAAGGCUGUAACUGACUUUAAAUCUAAAAAUCAAUCAAAGAGCAAGGGUUUGUGA